CAUUCAAAGAUAGGUUUAUUAAUUUAUAAAUGACAGACCACAUACUGUGUAAUGAUGCUCACACUCAACACAGGAAACACAAUCACAAAAACAUACACACUGCCAAAAUCAUUGGUGAACAUACAUGAAAUAACGUACCGGGGAAAAAACCUUUUUAGUUUGUUUGGACCAGUCUGUCCACACAAUACAUUCCCCGUCAUCAAACAGAGCUGCCUAUUUUGUCUAUUAGGACCUGGAUUAACAAGAGUACGUUAAAAUAUAGAUAGCAAACAUUCUAUUGACCUUAAAUAAAGAUGACCCGUUCACCCCAGGAGCAUAUUCAAAUUGACACAGUUUUAGUUAUUAGGACGUCCGCUUCGACUGUACAACCAUUUUAUUUAAUUUUUCUUUACCGUUCUCUUCUAACAGGAGACAAGAAUCUGACGUGGAGUGCAGGGGUUCAAGACCCUACCGGAUGUCCUCCCAUCUUCCCAAACCGCCUCUCAGAACGAGGUGCAGAAACGCGUCACUUCCGUCGAUGACGUCACAGGAUACGUAGCCUAGGUGUUGAUGGGCCGGUAGGCGCCGCGGACGGUAGAGCACUGCGUCCUUUGAGAAGUUGAUGCUCUCUCCGACCAGAACAGUCUGGACUAACGUGUUGAAAAUAACCUCAAUAUAAACCCACCUCUACAUCGUAUUUCUCUCGAUUCAUGUCGUUAUUUUUGUCUCUACUUUAUAAAGUGUUCAACAACUUGACGACAAUUGCAAAAUCAACAGUCUGAGACAAACUUUUCAUUUGGGGUAAACCAGAGUAUAUUCUUUUUUAUUUACUCCAAAUAGUGAGCAUAUUCUGUGUUGUUGUUGUUUUGUUUUUCUUCUGGGAAAUUCAGAAAAACGAAACAUUUUUUUCUGUUGUUUGUGGACCAGCAAUUAGGGAGAGUCUUGUUGUGCAAAGGCUCUCGGUUUCUUCGUUGGCCCCUGGGCAACCUCUGACAAGGAUUUGGAUAUUACCAGAAGCCCUCCAGGUUUGUGAUUACCCUGUGACCCUCGGGCAGACCUUAUCUAUCUUGUGUUUGGGACCGUCUUCCCCUUCUCCUGUGAGCGGAGACAAAAGGUUGUGGACCGGUCAAUUAUCAUCCAGACUCCCGCUGUUUUUAAUUUGUCGCGCGGCUGUGUCCCGCGGAAAGUUCCGUGUUCUCCUUUGAUUGACGGCGUCCAUCUCCUGGCCUGGUGGACACGCAGCUGACCAGCAUGGCGGGUCUGACUAGGGGAUUAUCACUGCUGCCUGGUGUGUGCCUACUGCUGGCCGCGCUCUGUGGAACUGGGAGCUCGAGUG